AUGGUGCAAAUCAAUGAAAUCAAAACACUGACCAAACCUGAUGGGGAAGGGACUAGAAAAAGUAGUAGCAAUACUCUGUGUGAUCUGAAGUUACAUCUACAGACUACAGACUAUGGCAACUUCUUGGCUAAUGAAACUGGCCCUCUCACUAUUUCCACCAUUGAUGAUAAACUGAAAGCAAAACUACUUACAGAAUUUCAUUACUUUAGAAACCAUGCUUUUGAACCACUUGCCACUUUUCUCAAUUUUAUCACAUACAGCUACAUGAUUGACAACGUUAUUCUUUUAAUAACUGGCACGUUACAUCAGCGACCCAUAGCUGAACUUGUUCCCAAGUGCCAUCCACUGGGGAGCUUUGAGCAGAUGGAAGCAGUCAGCAUUGCCUCAAAUCCCACUGAGCUCUUCAACGCAAUUUUGGUUGAUACACCAUUAGCUGCUUUCUUUCAAGACUGCUUGUCUGAAAACGACCUGGAUGAAAUGAACAUUGAAAUAAUGCGCAACAAACUGUACAAGUCUUAUCUCGAGGCAUUCUAUAAAUUUUGCGAAAAACAAGGUGGUACUACUGCAGAAAUAAUGAGGCCUAUUCUUGAGUUUGAGGCAGACAGACGUGCCUUUAUCAUCACCAUUAAUUCGUUCGGCACUGAGCUGAGUAAAGAUGACCGAGAGAAGCUGUAUCCAACCUGUGGAAAACUGUAUCCAGAAGGCUUACACCUGUUGGCCAAUGCAGAUGACUACGAGCAAGUGAAGUGUGUUGCAGAAUACUAUGCAGAAUACAAGGCUGUGUUUGAAGGUGUAGGGAGUGGCACUGGUGAAAAGACACUGGAAGAUGCCUUUUUUGAAUAUGAGGUAAAGCUGAAUGUGCUUGCAUUCAACAACCAGUUUCAUUUUGGAGUGUUUUAUGCCUAUGUAAAGUUAAAGGAACAAGAAUGCAGGAAUAUUGUAUGGAUUGCUGAAUGCAUUUCUCAGAGACACAGAACCAAAAUUAACAACUACAUUCCGAUUUUCUAAAUCUGAGAAUUUAUAAUCCUACAAUGCCUGAAAAUAUGAAUCAUUUCAUAGAAGAGAAAUCUUAUUUCAAAAGUUAACUCAUCAGCUCUUUUAAAUGACAUUAAUGAUCCUUCUUAUACACACCAGUGUAAGAACAAUGUAAUGCAAUUAGAGAUAUGAGUAC